AAUAUGUAAUAUGUGUAUUUUAUAGUUAUGCCAAAGUAAUUAAAUUAUGGGGAGAAAAAGAAAAAUUAAAAAGUUGCCCGAACCGGUGUUGACUUCAGCAACAGAAUGUUGUUUUUGUCAUCGAAUGGAAGACAGUGAACUUGGAGUGUUUUUUCAGAAUGAAGAAGCCUGCAUAGCCGCACAUCAAUUUUGUUUGCUGUUUUCUUCAGGAUUGGCACAAAACGGUGAAGAUAAUGAAGGUUUUGAUGGUUUUUUGCUUAAAGAUAUCAAAAAGGAAGUUCAGCGAGCCAGCAAGAUCACGUGUAAAUUUUGCAAGUCAAACGGAGCAAGUUCUGGUUGCAACGUGAAGACAUGCAGAUUAACUUAUCACUACUUGUGUGGCAAAAAAGAAGGUUCACAGUUUGUGUUUUUCGAUACGUUCAAUACCUAUUGCAAGCUUCAUAGAGAUAACCAAGACAUGACAUAUCUUGCAACUCAAUCAACCAGCUGCCCGCUAUGCUUAGAAGAUAUAACGUUUGAAAAUAAAUCGAGUGUGCUCAAGAUGCCAUGCUGCAUUAAUAUGUUUAUACAUAGAACCUGUAUCCAGUAUCAAGCUAUGUCUAGUGGCUACUUCUUUAAAUGUCCAACUUGUAAUAACGAAGAAUCGUUUCAAAAAGAAAUGGCGCGGUUCGGAAUCUACAUACCACAGAGAGAUGCAUCAUGGGAGGAAAACAAUGCAUUCGCUGAACUCCUGGAGCAGUAUGAUCAAUGUGAUUGGCCGACUUGUGAAUGUCCAGAUGGACGAACGUAUUCAGAUGAUGGCAACUGGGAUCUCCUUCGCUGUUACCAUUGUGGUCAAAGUGCUGUUCAUAAAAAAUGUUUAGGAGAUCGUAUCAUCCCGGUGUUUGAGUACGUGUGUCCGGAUUGUAAUAACGUGAUCGGUACAGCCAGCACAACGACCGUAGUGAUAACGCCGGAAAGAGUUGAUGAACGGUUAAGAGAACAUAAAAAGCGAUUGGCUGAGCUAACAGCACGUGACGACCCUGUCUUGCUAUCCUCUCCUGUUUUUGCCUCGCCUAUUUUUAGAAAGAAGUAUGACGUCAAACCGAGUUGGGUUGUGGUACAGCCUCUGCCACCCAUUGUGUUACGCAGUUUGAAUGUAAUGAGAAAAAUAAGUAUGCGCAGAUAUAAUCUUAUCAUUGGAAAUUGUGCAUUGUUAAAUAGAUCACAGGCGCUUGGCAUUCGAGCUCCACCACCUGUUCCUUGCUUAGUUGCUAAAAAUGAUCCUGUUAAAAUACACAACCCCACCCCAGUGAUAAAGAAGACUAAAAGAAACGUACCAAAAAAUAAACUGGACCUUCUUUACCCCUCCAUAGCAGCAGUGCAUUAUACUCAAAGUCAGGAGAACGAAAGAGCCGAACUCUUUCCCUCUGCCAGUGUUGAUGUAGAAAAUAACAAUUUUUUCGAAAAUAAAAAGCUGUCAUCUGAAAAUAGCUUUGUUACGCAUGCAAGUCAUAGUGUCGCGGAAAGUGUGUCCACGGAAGUUUCGUCCACUCGCACUUCAGUCAAAAUGUUUAUCAGCCCAUCGUACAACAGUGGACCAGCAGAGACUACAAAACCAAAUAUAGGUGUAAUAACGGAUACAGUCAGUCCAUCAAAUACCAGUCCAGUAACGGGGGUCACAAGUCCCUCAAACAGCAGCCCAGUCAGUAGGUCGUUUAUCUCGAUUUUUAGUCCAUUAUCCAGAACAGCUAGCAAAAUAAUUGCUUGCAUCUCACCCUCUCUCAAACGAAAACAUUCGAACGAUGAAAGCGUUCUAAAAAGUGAAAGCAUUCAAAUAAUCAGCGACGACACGAAGAAAACUAAAUUCGACUUUUUUAACAACUCCGACAUUAGCGACGGAAUAAAAAGAACUGAGUACAAACUGUUCGAUCACUCGGAAACAGAGACUAGCAUGUUGAAAAACAAUAACUUCGUUUUCUCAACCUCAACAGAGGAGAAUGCUAGAAAAUCAUCUUUGUUACAUACUGGCGUGGUUUCCGCUGAUGACAUUUGUCAUUCAAGUAUCAAAGACAACAACUUUCCAGUGUCAGCAAAAAAGGAUAAAUUCACUAAGAAAUUGACUUCAGUUAAAAAACCAAGAACAAGUAUCCAUAACAAAGGGAAACUGCACGUAAAAUUUAAAUUUAAACAAAAGAAGGAUGACUUUUUGUCAUCUCAUGGACAAAACGCUUCACUAGAUGCGUCAACUAUUUCACUGGAUUUACCUUUUAGUUCAUUAGAUACACUAACUACUUCAAUAGAUGCGCAAACUACUAUAAACGAUAAACCUCUUAUUUCACUGAAUGCACCAACUACUUUAUCAGACGCAGUACUCCCAUCAAUGGAUGCAUCAACUACUUUAUCAGACGCGGUACUUCCUUCAAUAGAUGCGCAAACUACUAUAAACGAUAAACCUCUCACUUCACUGGAUGCACCAACUACUUUAUCAGAUGCGUUACUUCCUUUGAUGGAUACAUCAACUACUUCAUUGCAUAGUUAUACCGAAGUUGGACAGUUGUCUAGUGAAAAUGUUAGCUCGGUAAAUAAAAAUUCUAAACUAUUAUCCAAUUUUAGUGAUGAACAGAAACCGGAUUCUAACUUCUCGCAAAUUCGUGUUGAAAAACUGAAACCGGAUUUUAACCCCCCGCAAAUUCGCGUUGAAGAACAGAAACCGGACUGUAACAUCUCGCAAAUUUGUAGUGAAAAACAAAAACCGGGUUCUUAUUUGUCGCAAAUUUGUAUUGAAGAGCAGGAACCGAGUUCUAAUUUGUCGAAAAUUCGUGUUGACAAACAGAAACCAGAUUAUAACCUCUCGCAAAUUUGUGAUGAAAAACAGAAACUGUAUUGUAAUCACUCGCAAGUUCUUGUUAAAGAAAAGAAUUUUAAUUCUAACUUAUUGCAAAUUCGUGUUGAGGAACAAAAAACGGAUUGUAACCUCUCGAAUAUUGGUAUUGAAAAACAGAAACUGGGUUGUAACCUCUCGAACAUUCGUAUUGAAGAACAGAAAAGGGGUUGCAACCUGUUGCAAGUUAAAAAACCUAAUUUUAAUUCUAACUUAUCGCAAAUUUGUGGUUUUGAAGAGCAAAAACCGGAAAUUGCGACACCCAGCGUACAUGUUCCAGAUACACAUUUUAAACCGAAAAUAUUUUCUACAAGCCCACACCCAGCUUUUUACAAAGACCAUGAACUGACUGCUCCUCCCGCCGGUGCCCAUCCGCUUCCUGAUUCGAACUUUGUCAAUGAUAAAUCCAUAAAAGCAAGUCUUACUUCGAGUAAAGAUAGCAUUUGUUUUUUUUACAAUAACGACAAAUAUACAAGACCUUCAGGGGGUAUACCAAUUACUGAAUCGUCUAAGAUUAGUAAAACAGUCAAAAACAUAUUUACCUUUUCAGAUGCGCAGCAUGCUAAUAUGAACCGAUCAGGUAUUGUAAGUAAGGUAACCGACAUAAACAUGACAGGUGAGACAGUACGUUGUAAUUUUUUGAAAGAAUCCAAAGCAGAUAAGGAUUUAACAAAUACUGUUUCUCAAACUCUCACUAAAUCGAAGGCUUUUCAAAAUGGUAGCCUGAAUAAUGUUAAUCAGCUUGACGGUGUUAAAACAUAUAUGGACAACUGUUGUGAAAAAUCUAGUGGUCAUGAAGUAUUGUGUAAAUCACCACCAUAUCAUACCAGUUGUGCAGAAAACCCAUUUGCUUCAAAGCUAGAUGAGGUUAAAUCACCAGUAAAUAAUAUAAAUAAAGACGAAAUAUAUCAGGAUUUCUCAUCGUCCAGAGUUGCUGUGAAAAAGAGAAAAAAGAGAAAAAUUCUUAGUGGGAAAAGCUCCCCAGGAGUAGGACAAAGUCUUUACGAUGUGGAAGGUUCACCUAGCUACAGCUUAAGAUCAGUAAGUAAAAUCUUGGAAGAAUUCCAAAAAUCACCGGCUGGAAAUUUAAGAUCAAGCCAAAGUGAAACCUGCGAGAGGAGAAAAAAGAGUUUAAAGGAAUAUUAUUCCGCUGCAAACAGGUUAAAAAGUGCCAGUAAUACACCGGUACGCAAUAAUGCACCGGUAAGUAAUGAUGCACGUGCCGGUAGAAAACUGAAACGAAUUCUUGAAGAUGAAACAGAAAAGUCGUAUAGUACGAAAAUAUAUGAAUCUUGUUACGUGAAAAAUAAUAGCGGACCAACCACCACAAAUACAUUAGAUGGUUGGCUUACGAAGAAAAACGAAAACUUAAAUGUGGGUUGCCCUAUUGCACGGGAUUCUGUUCUAACUGAACAUUCCCCCGACGUGAUUAUGAGCACUCCUUCGGUUAUGAGAAAACGUUCUAUUAUGUCAUUGGCUAUCAAGAGCGAACCAAUCAGCGAAGACGAAUUUGUUGCAGAGUCAUGAAGUUUGCUUCUACCGCAAUUACCUUACGGGAACUCGUUUUCGCGUGUGGAAAAAAAAUAAACCUCGGGAAAUUAUUUUCGCAAAUUGAACAUAUUUUUCGCAGGAAUUAAUUUUUUCGAUUGUUUGGUUUGGAACAUUUAUUUUACCGAUCUGGUGGAAAUCUCGAAAUUCGUAGCUUUUUAAUUAUAUUUCUAACAAAAAAUGACUUUUUUAAAAGCUGUGGUAUUUGGUAUGCAGCAAUAUAAAUUAUAAAUUUUCGUAAAUUGUUUCUAUCAAAAAGAUUUAGCGAGAAUUUAUUUUUGCGAAUCAAUUGCUCUGAAAUAUUUCACAGUAAUUAGGCGCAGUGGUCGGAAAAACGCAACAUUUGUGAACUAAUCCCGCAAAAAUUAGUUCCCUCGAGGUAUGUUAUUGCUUGCGCGGCUAUGUCAGGUUGUCUAGCAGACUCGGACAAACUCUGACAAAUCGAAAAUUUCCUAAUUUGAGAUUAAAUUUUGUCAUGAUCCUGUUUGCCAAAACUGUUGGAAACUGUUGGACUAUUUUAAUUUUAAGCCAAAACCUUUUUUAAGACCUUGAAAAUUAAACAAAAUCCCUUAAAAAUCACAAUAUUGCUUGAUAAAUGACUCUGAAUUUGAUAAAUGAAUUCGCUAGACUAGAGACACCCUGUAUAUGUUGAUUUUGAAUUUUUAGAAGUUUUACGAAGAAAGUAAACCGGAGCAUUCUUUCUGCUUAUGAGAACCUUCAAACUACAGUUUGGCACUCUGUUAAUUCUACUCUUGUUUGAUUGUUAUAAAUAUCUUAUUUCUUCUUCUUACAUUUUGUUCUGUCUUAUGGGACUAAAAUUUUGUCCUGUUUAUAUGAUAUUAAAACCUACCGAAAGCUUUCUUCAAGGCGGUGUGUCCGCUUAUCACUUUAUCUCGAAGGCCUCUCUAUAUGGGAUAUUUUGAGCUUGCGAAAGCUGUGCAAACCGAGGACCAAGUUUUACAUGCUCAAUGUGUAUAUAUUUUAAUUGAGUUUAACUUUUUGUCAGAGUUUAUUUUAAUUCGAUCCGAGAUCAAAAGCGGUGACUGAUUGUGGCCUAACACACCAUAUUAGUAGUUUGUUAAACCUCCUUGGUUUGUUUUACUAUUUUUUGUAUAACAGAAAAUUUGAUGUCACUUUGGUGUAUAAAUAUAGUAUUUAUGAAAUAUAAUUAUUUUACAAUCGUU